GCCCACAAAACACCACACGGAGCAGACGGAGCGUUAAAGCUGGCCAGCGGAGGAAAAGGUGAGGCUUUCCCGGUGAUCCUGAGCGCCGCCGCCGCCCCGCCGACCCCCCCGCGGUGAGUGGAGCCGCAGCCCGUCCGAGGAACGCGGAGCUGAGGACUUUUCUCUGGAAGUUAUUCCGCCUCUCGUCCUCCUGCAGGUUUCUCUCAGGAGGAACGUGCCGAAACGAUGUUCCGGAAGGUGCGGCUGAUGGGGUCCCGCCUCCUCUCGCUUCUACUGGUGUCCAGCGUGUGUGUGUUGAGGGCGGAGUACUCCAGUUGUGGAGAGAAUGAGUUUUAUAAUCACACCAGCAGCAGCUGCCAGCCGUGCCCACAGUGCCAACCAGGACAGGAACCGAACUUGAGCUGCGGUUACGGCACCAAAGACGAGGAUUACGCCUGUGUUCCCUGCCCGGCGGGAAAGUUCUCUAAAGGAAAGUAUGAAAUCUGCCGGAGGCAUAAAGACUGUGACUCUCUGUACCGGGCCACCAUGCUGACCCCGGGGACGCCGCAGAGCGACGCCGAGUGUGGACCCUGCCUGCCCGGGUACUUCAGGUUCUUGGAGAGCCGGCCAAGGAACAUUUACGGCAAGGUGUGUCAUUCCUGUCAGAACGCUCCGUGGAACACCAAAGAGUGCAUGCGGACGACACCAUCAGGACGCGUCCCUGGAGUCUCCUCUACCAGCGCCACCAUUUUCACACACGCCGAGAAAGAUCCAACUGGGCAGGGUCACCUGGCAACAGCCCUCAUCAUUGCCAUGUCUACCAUCUUCAUCAUGGCCAUCGCCAUCGUGAUGAUCAUAAUGUUCUACAUCCUGAAGGCCAAGCCGAGCGGGCAAGCAUGCUGCUCUGGACAGAUCGUGAAGACCAUAGAGGCUCCCACCAACAAGCAAGAAGAGAAGAAAGAGGUUAAAGAGAGUGUUGUGAUAUUCGCCGAGAAGGACGAAUUUGACAAGCUCAAGCCACCUCCUCCAAAAGCAGUGAACAGUGAAAACGAUGCAUCGUCAGAGAACGAGCAGCUGCUGAGCCGCAGCAUCGACAGCGACGAGGAGGCGGCGCAGGAGAAGCAGGGCGCUACUGACCUCUGCCUGCUGUCGCUCGUCCACCUCACUCGAGACAAGGCCUCGUCCAUCGGCACCAUUAACAACAACAACAACAACUGCAGCAGCAGCAAAGCUACAGGGAUUCACAGUCGGAGGAAAAAAAUCCUGGACUUGUACACAAAAGCUUGCAGUGUUGCUGAGGGUCUGAGCCCCAUCGAGCUCCCCUUCGACUGCCUGGAGCGCACAAGCCGCAUGCUUAGCUCCACCUACAGCACGGACAGGGCUGUAGUCAAGACGUGGAGGCACCUCGCCGAGAGUUUCGGCCUGCGGAGGGACGAGAUCGGGGGCAUGACAGACGGGAUGCAGCUCUUCGACCGGGUCAGCACUGCCGGAUACAGCAUCCCAGACCUGCUGACCAGGCUGGUCCAGAUAGAGAGGCUGGAUGUGGUGGAGGCUCUCUGCUUCGACAUCCUAGGAGGACCGGAGAGCGGAGCGCCCCCUUCCAGGCAACACCCGCCCCUUUCUUCCCGCUGUGCGAGCGUGUAAGAACCGGACACUUUCCUUGCUCCGAAUCACAUGAAGAAUACCCACCCUCCAGAGGUGAAGAGGCUGACAGAGACAGUCGUGUUGGCCCUGUUACUGUGGGACAUUUUCCGCUCUGUGCUUAUACUGAUAGGACAGAAAGCUUGAGCUACUGGUUCAGACUUUGUGGUCAGUCCAGGUUCCACAAUGGAACAUGAAGUCCUCUCCAGAUUCGAUGCAAAUGGGUUUGUCUGUUUUUUCAGUGCUUCCUUCAAAACGUCCCAACCCCUUGUAUUUGAUUGUCACGUCCAAACAAGUACUGAAGUGGUUGUAUAUUUUGCGCUGGACGCCCCUAUUAACCAUAUUUCCAUGAAUGGAUUUUGGUAAGCAAAGCGUUUAAUACAGCCUGCGCUUCAUGGGUUUUGGCGACAUGUAGAUCGACCAGCUUGCACACUUCACCCAGUUGCAUUUCUAAAGGCUGUUACAUACCAAACGUGAUGCCAACAAAUAGCGUGAAAAAAUAUAAAUAUUUAAAUGUA